AUGGAACCAUAUAGCAGAGCAGAACUUAUUGUUUCAGUAGACUCGAUUUGGUCGGUUUGCGAAAGAACAAUGUAUGCCUUUGAAAAGUGCAAGAUCGACAAUGGUAACGAUCCACAAGCUUGUCUCAAAUACUCUGUAUCUGUUGCUGGUUGCACUCAAAAAAUUAUGAGAGAAAUCACUAAAACAUGCAAGCCAGAACUAGACAAGGCUGUUCAUUGCGUUGAAGAAAACAAUAUGCGUACAUUAAAAUGCACAAAAGAGACUGAAGAAUUAUUCAAGUGUUUCAAGACAAACUCUUUCGAAAAAUUGGUUCUAUUGAUUAUUGAUCUUUAUAAAAAUUAA